AUGUCGCUUAAAUAUUUUAUUAUUGCCAUAUCUUUCGUAUCCGUUACAGAAUGCGCAGCCCAAGUGUACAAGAGUCAUUCGAUUGAAACUGAGGUAGUAAUCAAACCGUUGGUUGUAAGCGAUGAUUUUGUUACACAAACAGUCUAUGGUUUCUUGGAUUUCACCACCACAAUUGGAAACACGGUGAUGGUCUUCAGUCCACAAAGUGCACCAGCAGAUGGAGAAACGGAAAAGAAAAGCUCCGGUAUGAUUAUUCAGACGAAACCGAUCGAAAUGCAGACAAAAGCGGUUCUUGAUAUUCAACCGAGCAAAACGCACAAGACUGGUUCCGAAAAAGAAACGAAAAAACAAGGAAAAGGCACAAAGGUUGUUGUAAAUUCUGUGAUCGAAAAAAAUGCCAUUAAUUUUUCAGACGAUAGUGGGUUGCAGUCGUCAAAAAGCCAGGAACUGAAUACACGGGUUCAGUUAACAACCAACACUCCCAUCGUGUCCUUGCAUAUGCCAAUUAAAUCGAAGGACGAUACACCCGGUAUAAAGAACAACCUAGCUGAACCUGAGUACGACUUUUUGUCGAAACAACCUACGGAAGUCGUUGACGAAACUUAUAAGUUAAUCAAUUUGAGACCUUCUUCAAAAGCACAAGCAAAACCCAGACCCACAGGUCGCAGAGAGAAAGAGAACCCGACUGGCCUCGUCACAAAGCUCGGUGGUACCAUCAUUAAAGAUGGACUAACUACGGUCCAUGAGACGAGUGUAAUUGGUACCUACAUAAAUGGCAAAUACGCUCAAGUUCUCCAAAGCUCUUCAAGAAUCCUUCAAAGCCCACCAUCGAUUCCUGAAGGAAAAGUUCGCCCUUCUAGCACUCAGAGAAUUUUGAAAACUAUUGGACCGCAACAAGGAAAACUGAAACCGCAACUAGAACCAACGCCAACACACCACCAGGAAGACUCGUCGCUGCCUCUUGAAGUUCUGUUUAGUGCACCAACAGGUUCCACAAUUCGCAGUACACGGAAGAACGAGAGUCCCAGUUCUGCUCGCCCGAAAUUCCGCAACAAAAUUAAUGAAGAUUACGACAGCGGUGAGGUACAACAAGCUAAACCAGCUAAAAACCGAAGCAAUACCACACCAAGAGCAACCUACAAAAAUCGAAUUCCACCCACAACAACGACCGAACAAUCUGUUACACGACGUCGCAGCGGCUUCAGACCAAGUAACCAGCCAAGCUUGCCAUCAAAGCAAAGUAAUAAAAGUAAAAUCGAGCAGCAAUCAGUCAAUAACAAUCCCGCGCCGAAAUUAAAGCUGCCAAGGACGCAGGGUCGUUGGUCUUACAAAACGACCCCUAAACCGAGAGUCGCUAUUCGAAAGCAAAUUGACGAUGACGAGCUGCGUUCUACACCUGAGACUAGUACAACGGUAGACCCGAUGAACAUCGACGAUACCAAAACGACUGCAACUUCUAUUUUAACAUCCACAAUGGCAACGCCACCUACAACAGGACAAGCAGUUAACGCUCAAAGAAAAAUCCAAGACCUUGCCAGUGACGAAGAAUUAGAUCCCAGUGAAAGUGAGGAUGUAGCCAGCAUCAGUGUUCAAGAUCAACAACAUUCUGAACAAAUACUACCUAUAGAAACGAUUAACGUGGAAAUUUCGACGACAGCUGAUCUUAGUGACGCGUAUUUCGAAAUCGCUACCAUUAAGUCGCCGUACACUUUCCAGGUUGGAACCUUAAGAAACACACGCUACGUCACUGUUACUUCAACAUUAAGAAAGUCAUUUUCAACGGCAGAACCAUCUACUACGGUAUCACCCACAGAGCCACUUACUGAAAAUCUUCUAGCAAACACCGCAGCAGCUUAUGAAACAACUUUGCCACUCGACUCAGCUAUAGCAACUCUUCCAGCUAUAUCUUUAGAAUCUGGCCAGGCUACUCCGCCAUUAGAAACCGUGACAGAAACGUUCUCGACUACUCAAACACUUUUGAAAACUCACCUAUUGCCAGUAAUAUACGGUAGCAAUACAACUAAAUUAACAUUGGUGCAAACGUACAACAUCGCACGUGUGAUCACCGCCACGAAAACUUUACCACCGAUGGACAUUUACCAAUUCAUUCCUAGCAAAGCGUUGAACGAAUUCAAUUCGAAACUCGACGAAGCAGGAAGUGAACUUCACUUGGAAUUAGACGUCGGAGACGAAGAGAGGGAUGACGAUGAUAUUCCUAAGAGAGUAGUAGCACUAAACAGCGGCGUGGAUUCCGAUCUGGAACCCUUCAAAUCUAUAUCGUCUUCGAAAGUAAAAUUAGAGGCAUCGAGCAGUAGCUCCAUCGAAUCACAAUUAACACCUGAUCAACUGGCCCUAUUGAAAUACUUUGGUCAACAACAGCAGCAAGUUGUAACUACUUCACGACCAGUCGUUGUCCUGGAGACAUUGUACGAGUCUCAUGUAAUUCCAGUAGUGAAUAAUCGAAACACUUUAUAUUCGACGGUAUCCAGGCCAGUCGGCACUGUGCCACGGACAUCUUAUGAAUAUGGAAUGUCCACAAUUGCACCGGCUCUGCCGCCACAAUUACCGCCACAAUUACCACCGCAAUUGCCACCACAAUUGCCACAGCAAUUACCUCUAUUCCAACAACAACCCCAGUUCACGGUGACAAGCACACCUCUGGUCACGCAAACGCUGGCAACUGUUUCCGAUUCAAAAAUAUUGAAACUGACCUUUGGAGCAAAGACAGCCUACACCACAUUAUUCUCUAGCCGGGUGGUACCAACGGCGGUCACAACCUACGUUACGAACACCGUGCCUGUGCAACCUUCCGUUCCUGCUUUCCCAGGUUAUUAUCCACCGCCAGUCGGUUACCCGCCUUUCCCUUUCGUAGGAUAA